AUGUUUUCGUCCGCUUUCAAAACCUUUUCGUCUAACAUUUCAUCCAACUAUGAAAUAUCAAAACAGGCAUCUUCCACUGUAGGCACAUGGACUGUCUUUGACGCUAGGAAGAAGAGCACCGGGUCGGAAGCCUCUAUCUUUGUCUUUGAUAGGAAAUCGCUCGAGGUCAGCAGCAAUGGCUUUGGCGCACGCACAAGUUCCACUUCAAUUCGCAAGGCACAAGAAGAAGUUGUCGAACGCCUGAAAAAAGAGGCUAGUAGCCUUGCCCGUCUACGGCAUCCAUCUAUCCUGCAGCUGGUAGAGCCCGUCGAAGACACCCGAAAUGGUGGCCUCAUGUUUGCUACUGAGCCUAUCCAGUGCUCACUCUCUGCCGCUCUCGCUCAAAAGGACAGAGAUAGUGGCCGGUCUAUUCGUGGCGCAUCAAAACAUGUUUCAGACGAAGGAAAUCCCUCGCGGGCGCUCAACGACGCUGAACUCGAUGAAUUGGAGAUUCAGAAAGGCUUGCUUCAGGUUGCAAAAGGCCUCGAAUUUUUACACGAUUCUGCAAAAUUGGUGCAUGGCAAUUUGAAUCCAGACGCGAUUAUCAUUAACGCAAAAUCGGACUGGAAGAUCUCUGGACUAGCUUUUGCCGGACCACCUGACGGGGCGGAAGGCCACCAACCAGUUCCUCAAAUCUCGCUUUCUGAAGUUCUUCACAAUGAUGCCCGGAUACCUCGAUCUGUUCAACUAAAUCUCGACUAUACCUCUCCUGAUUUUGUCCUUGACUCGAACAUUAAUUUCUCCGCGGAUAUCUUCUCUCUCGGGUUGGUAAUUCUGGCAUGCUAUCGCCAACCUCAUCGGUCACCGGUUGAGACGCACAGCAACCAAUCUACGUACAAAAGAAUAUUCAGCAGCGCUUCCACUGUCCCUUCCAGUGCGAAUAAUUAUUUCUCUGAAAAUUCCUUACCCCGCGAAUUGAACGCCACGCUUCCACGCAUGCUCACCAGAAGACCCGCUCAACGGCUCACGGCGAAUGAGUUUCAACAAUCAGAUUAUUUUGACAACAUCCUUGUCAAUACGAUGAGAUUCUUGGAUGCAUUUCCAGCGAAGACUUCUGCGGAGAAAUCGCAAUUCAUGAAGGGCCUUGGCCGGGUGAUGGCUCAAUUCCCCCCCUCGGUACUGGGCAAGAAAAUCCUAAGCGUGCUCCUAGACGAAAUGAAAGAUCGAGAGUUGCUACCCUUGAUAAUGCAAAAUAUCUUCCAUAUCAUUAAGGUAAUUCCGUCGAGAAAGGAGGUCGUCACCGACAAGGUCUUACCUCGCAUGAGAGAAAUAUUUCUGUCAAAACCGAAAUCUGAAGAACGGGAUACUAGCAAGGAGGCUGCCUUGAUUGUUGUCCUCAACAACAUCCAGAUCAUCGCUGAGAAUUGCUCGGCAAAGCAAUUCAAAGAUGAUGUCCUUCCCAUCGUAUUCGUCGCGAUGGAGUCAUCAACCCAUUCUCUAACCGACGCCGCGCUUCAAACAUUGCCCGUCGUACUACCGUUGAUCGACUUCUCCACCGUGAAGCAUGACCUCUUCCCUGUCGUUGCGAAUGUGUUUAGCAAAACCAAUAGCUUGAGUAUCAAGAUUCAAGGUCUUGAGGCUCUGGGUGUAUUGUGUGGUGCUUCCACUGCCAUAGAAAAGAGUCAAGUGGACGACUAUUCUGGGACGGUACCGACCGAAACACAAGAAAAGAAUAUGUCGAGCCUUGACAAAUUCACAAUGCAGGAAAAGGUUAUCCCUCUGUUGAAGGCUAUUAAAACCAAGGAGCCGGCAGUAAUGAUGGCAGGCCUCAAGGUGCUUCGCCAAAUUGGUCAAGUUGCGGACACAGAAUUUUUGGCUCUGGAAGUGAUGCCAAUACUUUGGUCUUUCAGCCUCGGUCCACUACUUGACCUGGGCCAAUUCAAAGCAUUUGUGGAAGUGAUCAAGUUCCUUUCGGCGAAGGUGGAGCAAGAACAGACUCGAAAAUUGGGGGAGCUAUCAUCAGGACGGUCAACAGGCUCCAGGACUGCUCCCAAUGCCCAGACAUCCCUGGUUAAUGGCUUGAAUCGUGCUGUCGAUGGCAGUGGCACAGAGGAGGAUUUCGAAAAACUGGUUCUUGGCAACAAAAGCGCCGAGAAGAACGAGAUCUUUGCAGGGGCAUUUUCUGAUGGACAGAAGCUCACUCCAAACGCCCCUACAUUUUCUUGGUCAUCGGUUGGUCCUGCAUCAACUCAAGCUCGACCUUCAAUGCCCAGUUUACAGCCACAACCAAUAUCAAGGUCCAUAACUCCGGAUGUCAGUAUCGCCGCAUUUCCUAGUCUGCAACCCGCACCAUUGUCAUCUGCUUCUGCCUGGGGAGCAUCACCCUCACCUCCAGUAGCAGGGUUCCAACAGCGACAACAACCCUUACAACCAACCAACUAUUUUUCAAGCCCUCCUAUUUCGUCGCCCCCUCCAAGCAAUAGCUCAUGGCAGCUUCCGCCACCACCGGGUCCUCAAAGCAUUGCAAGCAACCAGUUUCGACAAACAAUUCCUCCACCACCACAGAAAAACAUGCAGCAGAACCCAUGGCAGCAACCCAGUUACAUGACAGCCACAGCGCCCUCGAUAGCCGGGCCUCCUAGCUCCACAAACAACAUCUUACAGCCACAAAAUAAAUUUUCACGACCACCUCAGCAGUCGCCACAAAAGCAAGGACUUGAUAAGUAUGAAUCGUUACUUUGA